UUAUAAUUUACAAAACAGCAGAUAUCAGGUCUUCUAAAACAUCAAAAAAUCUGAUAAAAUGAGUCAUUAAAUAGCUGUGCCAAGAAAAAAAUAAACACUAAAUAAAACGAUAAUUACAACUGGUUAGGAUAAUAAAUUAUAAAACAUUAAGGUCCUAAGAUUUUUAAAAAGUUAUAAUAUGAAACUGAAAUGACCAUGUAAUCUAAAUAAAUUUAACAGUCAUCCCAGUGUUCCAUCAGCAACUCAAGCCUAAAGAAAAUAUAAGAGAAUGUCUCUAAUAUCAACCAGAAAUGCUAAAUCAGCCUAAGGACAAAAGGGAAAGUACUCAGCUACUAAGGUCCAAUUCCAACAUGGGAAGGCAGCCUCCAAAACCCCAAAGUUCCUAAACAGAGGCGGGUCCAGCAAACUCAAGCAAUAGCCUAGCUCCACACGCCUCCAGUUACCUUCUUAAGCAUCGCUGUCAUUCAAAAAUGAGGAAGGUGACACGCAACACUUCCAAGGGCAUCUACUUCGAAAGGAAGAAGUCUAAAAAAAUAAGAGUCACACACAAACCCCAAUACUGGACCGAGGCAGAGAAGAAAGGAGCACUCAAGGGAAGCAAAGCAUCUCCCGGUCUGUUCCUGGCUGCCUCUGCCUAAGUCCUCUGCACCUUUGUCGUAUGCAAGGAUGGUCACAUGGAAUGCACAUGUUAGACUUCUGCUCACCACACAGAGAAAACAUCAACACAGAUGAAAAAUGACUACAGUUAAAAACUAGUUUUAUUAAGGCUUUAAAAAUUGCUAUUUGAUGUCUUAAUGAUUAUUUUAGUUCAUUUAACUUGAAGCUUUUUCUUCUAGAUCAUUUACUUUUGAAAUUAAUAUUACCUUGGAAUCUCUACCUCAAAUUUCUUAUCUCUAUACUCUACUAUGUAGUCAGAACAAAGAAUAUUCAAAAGGCUGGCAAUCCACCAGCCAUAGAAGGAAAGACUCCAUGAAAAUUGCCACAAAGUAACAAAAACAAAUAAAAUCUAAUUAUGAAAUUUCAGCAGGCUUAUUAUAAAGCAUACAGUAGAACUACAAAUCUCUAAAAGCUUAAUCUUAUCCUAUCACUGAGCUUGGCUUCCAAACAUUUUCAGUGAAAUGCUACACUUCUAAAUGAUUUCUAUUUAUUUAAACAAAAGAACACAUAUUUAAUAUUCCUUUUCAUUAUUCAGUUAUAAGUUCUUAAUUAAUUAAAAAAAGUUAUUUACACAUAAUGUUGCAUCAAAUAAACACACUUGAAGUCUGGACUUGUGCAAGAAAGACAAAGUGUCAAAAAAGACAUGAAUGGUAACCCCAGCCCUCAGAAGUUUUUUAAAAUGCCAAACAGGAUUUCAACAGCUCUUAAAGGAACCAGUACGAGGUAUCUCAAGGCAAUUCAUGAUGAGCUAUCAAAUGAAUGACUGAGUCAGUGAAUGCUCCCUUAUGCAAAAAGAGAAAACAGAAAGAGCUAUCAGACUGGGAAAGCCUGCCCAGCAGUCAGGGAAGCAUUCCAAAAAAAAAAAAAAAUUACAAAACCAGGAUUUACUAAUAUUAACUAUGAAACAGUUAUGGGUUUACUAAUACACUUUCGAUUUCAGAGCAUUACAGCCUGAGAUGGAUGGCAGUCACUGCAAAGUUAUUGCUCCUCUCCUGACUCAGAGACGCCAGAGGAUGGUUACCAAGGAUGGUCACAGCACGCUUCAAAUGGAUGGCGCGCAAACAGGUCUUGCGUAUCUUCGAGAUGCCUGGGGAACCCUAAUGGACAUGCGCUGGCGCUGGAUGAUGCUGGUCUUCUCUGCCUCUUUUGUUAUCCACUGGCUUGUCUUUGCGGUGCUCUGGUAUGUUCUGGCUGAGAUGAAUGGUGACCUGGGACUAGAUCAUGACGCCCCACCCGAAAACCACACUAUCUGUGUCAAGUACAUCACCAGUUUCACAGCGGCAUUCUCCUUCUCCCUGGAGACACAGCUCACCAUUGGUUACGGCACCAUGUUCCCCAGCGGUGACUGUCCAAGUGCAAUCGCCCUGCUUGCCAUACAAAUGCUCCUAGGCCUCAUGCUAGAGGCUUUUAUCACAGGUGCCUUUGUGGCGAAGAUUGCCCGGCCAAAAAAUCGAGCUUUCUCAAUUCGCUUUACUGACGUAGCAGUAGUAGCUCACAUAGAUGGCAAACCUAAUCUCAUUUUCCAAGUGGCCAACACCCGACCUAGCCCUCUAACCAAUGUUCGGGUCUCAGCUGUACUCUGUCAGGAACGAGAAAACGGCAAACUCUACCAGACCAGUGUGGACUUCCACCUUGACGGCAUCAGUUCUGAGGAGUGUCCAUUCUUUAUCUUUCCACUCACCUACUACCACUCUAUUACACCAUCAAGUCCUCUGGCUACUCUGCUCCAGCAUGAAAAUCCUCCCCACUUUGAAUUAGUCGUGUUCCUUUCAGCAACGCAGGAAGGCACUGGAGAAACGUGCCAGAGGAGGACAUCCUACCUGCCCGCCGAGAUCAUGUUACAUCACUGUUUUGCAUCUCUGUUGACCCGAGGCUCCAAAGGGGAAUAUCAAAUCAAGAUGGAGAAUUUUGACAAGACUAUUCCUGAAUUUCAAACUCCUCUGGUCUCCAAGAGCCCAAACAGGACUGACCUGGACAUCCACAUCAAUGGACAAAGCGUUGACAGUUUUCAGAUCUCUGAAACAGGACUGAUAGAGUAA